AAGCAGCAACUCCCGCAGCCUCCGAGGCGGGAAGGUCAUCGCCGCGCGCCGCAGCCCUCGCCCACUGCUCGCGGGCUCCCAGUCAUGGCAGCACAGGUUCCGAAGCUCGCCCUCAACAACGGGAAGAACAUUCCCAUCCUGGGCCUCGGCACUUGGAAGUCGAAGCCCGGCGAAGUCACCGAGGCUGUGAAAGAGGCCAUUGCGUGUGGGUAUCGCCACAUCGACUGCGCCCUCGCCUACAGCAAUGAGGCCGAGGUCGGGGCGGCGAUCAAGGCCAAGAUCGAGGACGGGACAGUCAAGCGCGAAGACCUGUUCAUCACGAGCAAGUUAUGGAACACCUUCCACAGUCGCGCCCUCGUCACCGCCUCCCUGAAGCAGUCGCUCGGGAACCUGGGACUCGACUACCUGGAUCUGUACCUCAUCCACUGGCCGAUGGGCUACCAGGAGAACGCGGCCCUCUUCCCUAAGGACGAGAAUGGCAAGUUCAUCUACGCCGACGUCGACUACCUGGACACCUGGAGCGGCAUGGAGGACGCGGUCGACCAGGGCCUUUCCAAGAGCAUCGGGAUUUCCAACUUCAAUUCCGAGCAAAUUCAGCGCAUCCUGAGCAACUGCCGCAUCAAGCCCGCGAACCAUCAGAUCGAGUGCCACCCUUACCUAAACCAAAGGAAACUCAUUGACUUCUGCCACAAGAACGGCAUCACGGUAACUGCCUACAGCCCUCUGGGAUCGCCAGACAGACCCUGGGCCAAACCCGGCGAAACCCAACUCAAUGGACGGACCCGAGGAUCAUCAGACAUCGCAGAAAAAUACAAGAAGUCUCCUGACCUAACUGUCCUAUUCCCAUUCCAGAUCCAGCGCCAAGUGAUCGUUAUUCCCAAGUCUGUCACCAAAGCACGCAUUGAGGCGAACUUCCAGGUGUUCGACUUCACGCUGUCCGACGAAGACAUAAAGGUUAUUGACAGCUUCGAUUGCAACGGCCGUCUUCUGCAUCUUGAUUGGGUAAAAGACCACAAGUACUGGCCCUUCAACAUUGAAUUCUAAAUAUUUUGGAAAAAAAUAAAAAAGGAAAAAGAAAAAAUAAUUUACUGACAGAAACUCGAGAGCAAUCUUGAGCAUUGAAAAUAUGGAAAAUAUUAAAAGUCAAUGACCAA